AUGCUGAUCGACUCAGGGUGUAAAUCAAAUUUAAUAACGGAUAAAGCAUGGGAAUAUUUGAAAAUACAUAAAGUUAGUUGUAAAAAUCAAACUAAGAAACCAAAUAAAAUAUUACUAGCCUAUGGCAGUAGUAUACCUUUAGAUGUAAAAGGUUCGUUCGAAACUGAAAUUAAAACGAAUGGAAAAACUGACCCCUGCUCUAUUUAUGUCAUAAAAAACGGAUCCAGGAAUUUGUUAGGAAAGGAUUCAGCGAUACGAUUAGGAGUUUUAAAAGUAGGCGUUAGUAUUAACCACGUUGAUCAGGAACUAAGCAAGCAGUUUCCAAAGUUUAAAGGUAUUUUAGUGGAGAUUCCGAUAAAUAAAUCCAUAAAACCGGUAAUACAGCCCUAUCGUAGAAUACCUAUUCCUAUCGAGGAAAAUAUAAAAAGGAAGAUAAAGGAGUUAUUAGAUGCCGAUAUUAUUGAAGAAGUAGAUGAACCAUCUUCAUGGGUAUCGCCUAUUGUACCAAUAUUAAAAGAUAAUGGAGAUAUACGUCUCUGUGUCGAUAUGAGGCGAGCUAAUACAGCAAUUCUCAGAGAAAAUCACACAUUGCCUAGUAUGGACCACUUGCUGCCGAAAAUAAGAAAAGCAAAGUAUUUUUCCAAACUAGAUAUAAAAAAUGCUUUCCAUCAAGUUGAGCUGCAUCCUAACUCCAGAUAUUUAACAACUUUUGUAACUUCUAGUGGACUUUACAGAUAUAAAAGACUUAUGUUUGGAGUUUCAUGUGCACCAGAGCUGUUCCAAAAAAUCUUGGAAAAAAUGAUAAUCAAAUGUGAAGGGGUAAUCAAUUUCAUUGACGAUAUUUUAAUAUGGGGCAGCAGUGGAGAAGAACAUGAUUUGCGACUAUCACAAGUAUUGGAUGUUUUAAAUGAAAAUAAUGUCCUGCUCAAUAAAGAUAAAUGCUUAUAUAAAGUGCAAAAGGUCAAAUUUCUAGGACACGAAUUAACACCAGAAGGGGUAACACCUCUACCUAAAUAUAUCAAAAGCAUACAAGAAUUUAGAGUACCAAACACAAUUGAAGAGUUACAAAGUUUUCUUGGAUUAGUAAAUUACAUAAAUAAAUGGAUUCCUAAACUAGCUACAAUUAAUGAACCGUUAAGAGAAUUACUUAGGAUAAAAUUAGGAAAAAAGGCUAACAUAGAAAAAUACUGGACAAAGAAACAGGAUCAUGCGUUUAAGUGUCUCAAAGAGAAAUUAACAAAAAUAGAAACAUUAGGAUAUUAUGACGUCAAAGACAAGACCCAAGUUAUAGCGGAUGCAAGCCCUGUGGGAUUAGGAGCUGUUUUGGUACAAAUUGAUGAAAGGGGCCCCAGAAUCAUUGGCUAUGGAAAUCGGACAUUAACAGAUUGUGAACGGAAAUACAGCCAAACAGAGAAGGAAGCCCUUGCUCUUGUUUGGGCUGUCGAGCAUUUUAACACGUUUCUUUUUGGGAAAGAAUUCGAUUUAAUUACUGACCAUAAGCCAUUGGAAUUCCUAUUUAGUCCCAAGUCAAAGCCGUGUGCUCGCGUUGAAAGAUGGGUUUUGAAAUUACAGGCCUAUAGAUAUAAGAUAAAAUAUAAGCCAGGAAAUACAAACAUUGCAGAUCCACUAUCACGACUAUGCAAAGAAACAAAUGUACAACCUAUACGGGACGACCAUAUAUGUCAAAUAGUACAAUUAGCAAAACCGCAUGCUAUUUCUAUGCGAGAUAUAAUUUUACAAUCUGGAAGUGACUUAGAAAUAACAAACGUAAAAAAUGGUCUCUAUAAAAAUCAGUGGGACGAGUCAGUCAAAACCUUUAAAAUUUUUGAAGAUGAACUUUGUUUUUAUGACAACAUCCUCUUGAGAGGAAAUAAAAUUGUAAUUCCAAAUAAAUUAAGAAAACAAGUAUUAGUAGCAGCCCACGAAGGUCACCCUGGAAUCGUGUCUAUGAAGGAACGUUUAAGAGCUAAAGUCUGGUGGCCAAAGAUUGAUAAAGAUGUCGAAAUGCUGGUCAAGAGUUGCAACGGGUGCACUCUUGUGGGACUGCCAAAUCUACUUAUACCCAUGAAACGGCGGGAACUUCCAGCAGAACCGUGGGUUGAUAUCGCGAUGGAUUUAUUGGGACCACUACCAACUAACGAUUAUCUUUUGGUAGUAAUUGACUAUUACAGCCGUUACAAAGAAAUCAAGAUAACUAAAACCAUCAACAGUGCACAAAUUACAAAAUAUCUAAAAGAGAUAUUUAGUCGCCUUGGUUACCCAGUUUCGAUUAAUGCGGAUAAUGGGCGGCAAUUUAUAAGUGAAGAAUUUAAAAACUUCUGUGCUGAGUGUGAUAUUAAACUGUUAAAUUCAAUACCGUAUUGGCCCCAGAUGAAUGGAGAAGUAGAGCGCCAAAAUCGUGACAUAUUAAAACGACUUAGAAUCAGUCAACUUGAAAAAAAAGACUUGAAGGAGACACUGUAUGAAUAUCUGAUGAUGUAUAACUCUACUCCACAUUCAGUAACAGGGAAAUCACCAUCGGAACUUUUCUUUAAUCGUCAAAAUAGAGAUGAAAUACCUAUGUUAAAAAAUAUGAAUAGUAAAGAAGACUAUUCAGAAAUUAGGGAUCGGGAUAAACUACAAAAAGAAAAGGGUAAAGAAUAUGGAGACCGGAAGAGAAGAGCAAAAGAUUCAGAAUUUAUAGAAGGAGAUAAGGUUUAUUUAAAAAACAUGGAAAGAACAAACAAAUUAACUGCAAAUUUUAGCCCUACCCCGCACGUUGUGGAGAAAUCGGUAGGUGGUGAUAUCACUGUGAGAAAUGAAGAGACAGGACAAAGGUUACGGAGAAACGUUAUACAUUUAAAGAAAAUAGAGGGGAGCUGGAACUCUAUCCGGGACGAGACCACAUCAUCUUCGGGAGGUCUCGGAAGUAAAGAUUAUAACGAGGCAAAUUAA